CGCCUCUGAGAACACAGGCCGUUAAAAGCAGAGAGCUCCCAGGGGAACGCUGUCUUUUGUUCUGGUCAGUGAAGAGUCCAGACCUCCCCUGCCCAGCCACAGGCUGGGAUGGGAGGGGAAGCCAUGCGGCCUAUAGCUGAGGAUUUUUCAUUCCCAGGGUGUGGCUGGAUGGAGGAGGAGGAAAAGCCCUGGAGAUCUCGCACGAGAAGUGGCUGCAAACCCAGCCCAGGGAGCUGUGGGGAGGAAAGAGCCCCCUUGAGCCAGGAAGGCGGCCAGAGAUCCAGCCGGAGCUCGGAGCUGGUGGAGAAGGCUCAUGGCAGGGAGAAGCCCCACAAGUGCUUGGAAUGUGGGAAGGGUUUCAGCCGGAGCUUGCACCUAAUCGAGCACCAGGUGAUCCACACUGGGGAACAGCCCUACGAGUGUGAGGAAUGUGGGAAGCGUUUCAGCUGGAGCUCCAGCCUGAGACUGCACCAGAGGUUCCACACUGGGGAACGGCCCUUUGAGUGUGGAGAGUGUGGGAAGAGCUUCAGGCUUAACUCCAUCCUGAUCCAACACCAGAGGAUCCACACUGGGGAAAAGCCCUUUGAGUGUAGGCAAUGUGGGAAGAGCUUCAGCCAGAGGGGCCAACUGAUGCAGCACCAGGUAAUGCACACUGGGGACCGGCCUUAUGAGUGCGGGGAAUGUGGGAUGAGCUUCAGCCAGAAGGGCCACCUGAUGCAACACCAGAGGAUCCACACUGGGGAAAAGCCCUAUGAGUGUGGGGAAUGUGGGAAGAGCUUCAGCCAGAGCUCUGGCCUGAGGAAACACGAGAGGAUCCACACAGGGGAAAAGCCCUACGAGUGUGGGGAGUGUGGGAAGAGCUUCAGCCUGAACUCCCAGCUUAUGGAGCACCAAAAGAUCCACACUGGGGAAAGGCCCUACAAGUGCGGGGAAUGUGGGAAGAGCUUCAGAGACAGCUCAGCCCUGAUUCGGCACCAGGUGAUCCACACAGGGGAACGGCCCUACACCUGUUUGGAAUGUGGGAAGAGCUAUGGGUGGCACUCUGACCUGAGAAAACACCAGCGCAUCCACACCGGGGAGAAGCCCUACAAGUGUCCUGAGUGUGGGAAGAGGUUUCAGAUCAGCUCCAGUCUCCUCGUACAUCAACGGUGUCACACAGAGGAGAGGCCCUUCCGCUGCCCCGACUGCGGGAAGGGCUUCAAGCUAAACUCCCACCUCACCGUGCACCGGCGCAUCCACACCGGGGAGAGGCCCUACGAGUGUGGGGAGUGCGGGAAGAGCUUCUCCACGAGCUCAACCUUGACCAAACACCAACGGAGGCGCCACUAAGGGAAGCCCUGUGAAUGCCCUGAGUGCGGGAAGAGCUUUGUACGCUCCUCCCAACUCCAUUCCCCAUGGGAGGAUCCACUCUGGAUGUUCCUUAGUGACCCUCAUUGGGCAGAGCCCUGGUGAUCUGUUGUCUUGGUGGUCCAUGUUGGGAAGAUACCUUGAUGAAGUGCUCCCCAUCUUCCUGGCUCCUUGUGGGCACCUGGAUGAACUCAGGGGCAGGAACAUCCAUUGGGACACAGACCAAAAAUGGAAUUCCUUGGGGAGAGUGGAUUUGUUGACUUUCAACCCCAUAAAAUCUUUUGCAUUCAAUCCUGUCUUCUGGUGGCAUCAAGGAAUACUGAAUGGACUUGGAGGUCUUUUCCAAUUUCAGGGAUUCCACGAUUUUCAUUUCCUAUUGCCCAAGGGUGUCUGCUGCAGCCAAAUGGUGAAAAACUUUGGAAAAAACCAAGAUUUUGGAGACAGUGGGGUGGGAACUCCACCAGAAAAGGUUCUUCCCUUCUACUCAAGUUCGUAGAUCCUCAGCCGGCACAGACACGGAAAUCCUUUUCUUUUGGCCUUGAUUUGUUUUUCAUUUCUCUUCAUCCCUUCAAAAUAUCCAAUACUGAGGUAAAAAUAAAGACAUUAAACUAA